AUGCCUCCACCAAUUCCAGCAUCGCCAACCUUCGAACAGCAUCCCACCGGCUUCGGUAUCGGCUGCCAGUCGCCGCGUAUCUCGUGGAGGUUUAGUGCGACUGAAGGAACCGCAUCAGACUGGCUACAAUCCGCGUACGACAUCGAAGUCGUUCGAGGCGACCGCACGGAAUCAUACCACGAGAAGUCGUCGGAGUCUAUCCUUGUCCCGUGGCCAAGCGAGCCACUGCAGUCGCGAGAGAUCGCUAGGGUGCGCGUACGUUCGUACGGAGGCCAGGAUAAUGCACCAACACAGUGGUCUGCUUGGAGCACGGUCGAGUGUGGGCUGCUACACCGUGAGGACUGGAAGGCGCGUGCAAUCACCAGUCUAGUCAAGCAGAAAGAAGGCCCGUUGCGGCCUACCCGGUUUAGAAAGACGUUUACCCUACCAGCUUCGACGGUGCGGCGUGCGCGGUUAUAUAUCACUAGUCUUGGGGUGUUCCAGGCGUAUAUCAAUGGAGAGCGCGUGGGUGACCACUGCAUGGCUCCGGGGUGGACUAGUUACCACCACCGGCUGAACUAUGAGGUUUUCGAUGUAGGCUCGCUAUUGAAAGAUGGAGAGGAUAAUACCAUUGCCGUGGAGGUUUCGGAGGGCUGGUACGCUACGCGUCUGGGAUUCCACGGGGGCAGACGGUUCAUCUACGGCGAUGAGCUUGCGCUGUUUGCUCAGCUGGAGGUCGAUAUGGAAGAGGAUGGACACUCGCCGUUCAUGGUCGCCACGGACUCGACGUGGGAAUCGCACGAGUCUGCGAUUAUUCGGAGCGAAAUAUAUGAUGGAGAGCUUUACGAUGCGCGAGAGGAGCAAGACGACUGGAAGACCUCGACGACUUCAUGGGAACCGACGCGGGAGAUUGAAUUACCUCAGACGCAGCUCGUAGCUCCGAACGCGCCCCCUGUGCGGGUGACCGAGGUGGUCAACCCUAUAGAGAUUAUUCGGACGCCGUCUGGGAAGAUAGUCCUCGAUUUCGGACAGAAUCUCGUCGGCCGUGUUCGGAUCCGUUCUGUCAAAAAGCCUGCGGGUCAUUCUAUUGUUCUGAGGCAUGCGGAAGUGCUGGAGGACAAGGAACUUGGAACGCGCCCGCUGCGAGUGGCCAAGGCGCAAGACGAAAUUAUCUCAGCGGGCCAUGAAAUCAGGGACUGGGCCCCUGGCUACACCUUCCAUGGAUUCCGAUAUGUGCAGGUUGAUGGAUGGAGCCCUGAGGAUGCUGACACGCCUCUUACGCUCCAGAGUCUCGCGGCCGAAGUCAUGCAUACCGAUCUUGAACGGACUGGCUGGUUUAGUUGCUCCCACCCGAUGGUCAAUAAGUUGCACGAAAACGCAUGGUGGAGUAUGCGAGGAAACUUCCUGUCUGUCCCAACUGACUGCCCACAACGUGACGAGCGCCUGGGCUGGACUGGCGACCUCCAGGUCUUUGCUCCUUCAGCGAGUUUUCUUUACAGAACGCCGGGCAUGCUGGGUGACUGGCUACAGGAUCUUAUAACCGAACAGCUAGCACACCCCAAAGCUAUUCCGCCCUUGGUCGUCCCAAAUGUGAUUGACGAGUCGUUCUGGCCUACAUUUCCCCAAGCCGUGUGGGAUGAUAUCACCAUCAUACUGCCUUGGACUCUAUAUCAGAGCUACGGUGACGUUGAGAUCCUCCGCCGCCAGUACCCAAGCAUGAUCGGUUACCUGGACCGUGGCGUGCAGCGCGGCCCAGACCGGCUCUGGGAUGACACGCUCUUUCAACUGGGCGACUGGCUUGACCCUACCGCACCGCCAGACCAGCCCGGUAACUCUCGCACAGACGGCACCCUGGUUGCCGACGCCUACCUUGUGUACAUCACAGGGCUUCUCGCCCGCAUAAGUUCCAUCCUCGGCGAAUCCACAGCUGCAUCUCACUAUGAAGCCGACUACCGCGCUCUUAAAUCACGAUUCCAAACAAAGUACAUCUCCCCUGAAGGACUGCUUGUUGGAGACACCCAAACAGCGCUCAGUCUCGCUAUAGUCUUCGAUCUCCACGACGACCCCAAGCAGGCUGCAGCAGCAGGCAACCGCCUCGCCCGUCUCGUGCGCAUCGCCAAAUUCCAAGUCUCAACCGGCUUCGCAGGCACACCGGUCAUCACACACGCCUUAACAAAAGCGGGCCACCACCAGCUCGCCUACCGCAUGUUACAGGAAUCUAGCUGCCCAUCAUGGAUGUACCCCAUCCGCAUGGGCGCCACAACCAUCUGGGAACGCUGGGACAGCAUGCUCGCCGACGGGAGCAUCAACCCCGGCGAGAUGACGAGCUUCAACCACUACGCCCUAGGCUCAAUAAUCAACUGGUUACAUAAGACCGUUGGCGGCGUGAGUCCGUUGGAGCCUGGGUGGCGCAAGAUCCUUGUGCAGCCUUUGCCGGGGGGCACGAUUACCUCUGCUGACGUUGUGUAUGAGACGCCGUAUGGACGGCUAGAGUGCCGGUGGGAGAUUAGAGAUGGCGACCGGUUCUGGCUGGAGUUAGUUGUGCCGCCGAAUUCGUCGGCGACGGUUGUGCUUCCGGGGAGGGAGGGCGAGACCGUUGUUGGGUCUGAGGGGAAGGUUACGCUUGUGUCGACGUUUGAUAGUCGGAAGGGUUGGCCGCCGAAGGCGUUGGUGCCGCCCAUGUUUGAGGCCGAGGAUACGUUUGUUUAA